UUACCAGACGAAGAAGAAGAAGAAGAAGAACGGCAGCUUUGUGAACGCAGACGUGUGGCAGUUUGACGAACAGCUACUAUUUAAAAACAAGUUAGCCAGUUUACUUCCAUAAACUGUAGAAAAUGGCGAGGUAUCUCAGGCCUCCAAAUACUUCUCUCUUCGUGAGAAACAUCUCAGAUGAAUCCAGGCCAGAGGAUUUACGACGUGAGUUUGGUCGUUAUGGACCUAUUGUAGAUGUCUACAUUCCACUUGACUUCUAUACACGGCGGCCAAGAGGAUUUGCUUACAUUCAGUUUGAGGACGUCCGGGAUGCAGAGGAUGCUCUACACAACUUGGACCGCAAGUGGGUUUGUGGGCGCCAGAUCGAGAUCCAAUUCGCCCAGGGAGACCGCAAGACACCCAGCCAGAUGAAAUCCAAGGAGCGCCACUCCCCUCGCAGUUUCUCCCGGUAUGAUGAUGGUGAUCGGGACAGCCGCCGCAGACGCUCAAGGAGCCGCAGCUACGAUCGCCGGAGGUCUCGCAGCCCGUCUUACGAGCGUCGUCCUCGGAGGUCUGAGAGCCCCAAAGAUUCUCGAUCCUAUGGCCGACACCGACGGAGCAGAAGUCAUGAGAAUGACAGGUACAGAGGUCCUCCGCGUGACCACCACAACACGCAAAAUGACCCAGGCUCCCACAGCCGCUCAGUAUCCCACUCCCCGUCUCCAUCUAGAUCCAGGCCCAAAGCCAGAAAGAGCAAGUCCAGGUCGCCCAGCCCAGUUGAAGAUUUCCACCCAUCCUCCAGGUCCCAGAAACAAUCUUUAGGGCGCUCUCCAUCACGCUCCUACUCUCGAUCAGUGUCCCGGUCACGCUCGCGCUCCAGGUCCUGGGCAGGCCGCAAGUCUGGAGGCCACUAACUCUUCCAAACCCCUCUCUUUCUGUUUCUGAGGUUGUGUUCAACAUUUGACUGUGGCAACUAGAGAGUGUUGACCUCCAUGUUUGCAUCUGUUAAUUGCUAGUUGAUGUUAUCACAUUAUGGGAGAAUCUGCUUUAACACAUAAGAGCAGCAGCAAUCAGAGGCCAUUAUAAUUUUAGCGUAGUGGAAAAUGUGUAUGUUCUAAAGUGAGUUAAUGGAAGAACACCUGUUAUCUCUUAAGUUUUGUUUUCCAAGUUUAUGGUUUUGGACUUGAGUAUUGUGGAUUCUUGCAAGUAAAUAUUGUGUUUCUGGUUCUGAGAUGGUUUAUAACUUUGUCAGUUAUAUUUUUGUACUUUGAGUUAGGUUAGUAUUCUGCAUUGAUAAUUCUAUUUUUAUUAAAUAUUUCUCUGGUGAAGCUGUAUGUUACUGUUCUUACUUUUUAAAUUUAAAUCUGUUGCUUGUCCAUUGAGUGACUAUGAAGAACUAGGUAUAACUUCAGUAUGCCUCAGAUCCCAAAGUUAAAAUUUACUGAGUCCCCUGGCCUUGGGAUGCCAUGUUUCCGCUGAGGUCUUCUUUUGUAACUGCAGUAUAACUAGCUUGGGGAUGGAUGAUCCCAUGGAAUGUAAUUUGUUGCUGACAAAUUCUCUCAGUAUUGUUAGAUGUAGACACAAUAUAUAAACGAUGUGCUGCAUUGGUUUCUGUUGUGUACAUACUUUGUUCAGGAGUGUUAACUGACAGUUGUCUUAGUGUCCACCUUUCCCUGUUUUAAUGGUUUUAUUGCAUAUGCUUCUUGUCAAUAAAUGGAAUACUUGUUUUUCCUAGCAUGGC